AUGUCGCGCCGCAAGCAAGCGAAACCAAGAUCACUGAAAGAAGACAAUGUGACGGAGGAGCUUCACAGUCCCGGGCAGACUGCCAUUCCAAGCGAUUCCGAGUGCGCCCCCGAGAGGCUGGAGGAGGAUGCUGCGUCUGUGCGUCUGAGGCAGAGACUGCACUCUCCAGAGGAGGCUGAGGAGGGAGAGGAGGAGGACGACGCACUGCACAGCUGCGACAGCUGCCGGCAGGUGUUCCCGUCGCUGAGCCAUCUCACCGAACACAAGAUUAAUCAAUGCCAGCUGACAGACGGUGUUGACCUUGAGGACGACCCAUCAUGUUCCUGGCCUGCAUCCUCACCCUCCAGUAAGGACCAGACUUCUCCAGGACACUGUGAGGACUAUGAUUUUGGUGAAGAGGAAGGAGUACCAGGCCUGCCGUAUCCUUGCCAGUUUUGUGAUAAAUCCUUCAGCCGUCUGAGCUUCCUCAAACGUCACGAGCAAAGUCACGGCGACAAGCUUCCCUUCAGCUGUACCUUCUGCAGCCGUCUCUUCAAGCACAAGCGCAGUAGAGACCGCCACGUCAAGCUCCACACAGGUGACAAAAAGUACCACUGCGGUGAGUGUGACUCUGCCUUCUCUCGCAGCGAUCACCUCAAAAUCCACAUGAAAACGCACGCAUCCAACAAACCCCACAAGUGCCCGGUGUGCAGGCGAGGGUUCCUCUCCUCGAGCUCUCUCCACGGACACAUGCAGGUCCACGAACGAGGAAAAGAUGGCAGAGCCGAUGAUUGGAAACUGAAAGAAACACGAAAAUGCAGCCGUUGUGAAGAAGGUUUUGAUGUACCGGAAGAACUCCAGAGGCAUAUCGCAGAGUGCCAUCCAGAGUGCUCACCCUCAGAGGAUGGGGGUCUUGGUGCCACCCUGCAGUGCAUCUACUGCCAUGAACCCUUUAGUGAUGAGGGCACCCUUCUGACUCACAUAGACCAGGCCCACAGCCGGGACAGGAAAGGUCACACCUGCACCAUUUGCUCGGAGCACUUUGACUCUGUGGAAGACCUUUAUGCCCACAUGGACAUCCACCAGCUGCCGGAGUCCAGCAAUCACAGCAACAGCCCAUCUUUACUCACAGUGGGCUACACCUCAGUCUCCAGCACCACCCCAGACUCUAACCUCUCAGUUGACAGCUCGACAAUGGUGGAGACAGCACCCCCUGUCCCCAAAACACGGGGCAGGAGGAAGCGAACAACUCAGAAUGCAGACCAUGGAGGACGACCCUCCAAACAACCCAAAGUAUCCUACAGCUGCAUCUACUGCAACAAGCAAGUUUUCUCAAGCUUAGCAGUUCUUCAAAUCCACCUUCGGACCAUGCACCUUGACAAACCAGAACAGGCACAUACUUGCCAGUUUUGCCUCGAAGUCCUGCCAUCAUUAAUGAAUCUCAAUGAACAUCUGAAGCAGGUCCAUAAUGCAGAGGACCACGCAGCACUGUUGGCGAGCUUACCCGAUGCCCUUCUUCAGUGCAACUUCUGCCCUGAGGUGCUGGGAGAUCUCAACGGUCUCCAAGAACAUAUCCGCUGCUCCCAUGGAUUCCCUAGUCCUGUGGCGAAGGAGAGCAACGCCUUCUUUUGCCCACAGUGCUUCAUGGGCUUCUUAACCGAGACCACAUUGGAGGAACAUGUUCGUCAGACCCACUGUGAUGGUGGAAGCUUGAGAUUCGACUCCCCGCUUGCCGUCACGCCCAAAGAACCCAUUGUUGAGGAAGUUUUUGAUUCAAAGGUUUCCACCCAGUUGCAUUUGGCAGUCAAGCACAGCAAUGAGAAAAAAGUAUACCGCUGCACCUCUUGCAACUGGGACUUCAGACACGAAACGGAUCUUCAGCUUCACGUCAAACAUAGCCAUCUUGAAAAUCAAGGCCGCGCCCACCGGUGCAUCUUCUGUGGUGAGUCUUUUGGAACCGAAGUCGAGCUUCAGUGCCACAUCACCACCCACAGCAAGAAAUACAACUGCCGUUUUUGCAGUAAGGCUUUCCAUGCAAUUGUACUUUUGGAAAAGCAUCUAAGGGAGAAGCAUUGCGUGUUUGAGGGAAAGUCGCAGAACUGUGGUGCCAAUGGUUCGGCUCUGAGUGGCGGAGAGAAUCAACCCAAAGAAGAUGCAGAGCUACAAGGUCUUUUGACUAACAGCCAUGGGCAGAAUGCUGCAGUGACAUCCAUUGUGCCAUCUCCGAACAACCAUGAUGGCAGUGAAGAAGAGGUGGACACAGCAGAACCUAUGUAUAGCUGUGAUAUCUGUGGUGCGUCUUACACCAUGGAGUCGCUCCUCACUAACCACCAGUUGAGGGACCACAACAUCCGCCCUGGUGAGAGUGCCAUGAUGAAACGUAAAGCUGACAUGAUAAAGGGUAACCACAAGUGUAAUGUCUGCUCCCGCACUUUCUUUUCUGAAGCUGGGCUCAGGGAGCACAUGCAGACCCAUCUUGGGCCAGUCAAACAUUACAUGUGUCCCAUCUGUGGUGAGCGGUUCCCAUCGCUGCUCACCCUCACAGAGCAUAAAGUCACACAUAGCAAGAGCCUGGAUACGGGGAGCUGUCGCAUUUGUAAGAUGCCUCUGCAGUGUGAGGAAGACUUCUUAGAGCACUGCCAGAUGCAUCCUGACCUGAGAAACUCCCUGACAGGUUUCCGGUGUGUAGUUUGUAUGCAGACAGUCACGUCAACACUGGAGCUGAAAAUCCAUGGGACCUUCCACAUGCAGAAAACGGGUACCAUGACAAGCAAUCACCCUGUUGGCCGUAACACCAUCUCACACAACCAGCAGUUACACCACUCCCAAAAGCCUUUCAAGUGUGCUUCUUGUUUGAAGGACUUCCGUUCCAAGCAGGACUUGGUGAAGCUGGACAUUAAUGGACUACCAUAUGGACUCUGUGCAUCCUGUGUGUUGGCUGCUGGUUCCAAAAGCUCCAGUCCAACAGUGAAUGGCGGAAGGCAACCUUCACAGCAGGGAGGCACCUCUACUCCUGCACCCACAGCUGCCUGGAUCCAAGGAGAGCGCCUCAGUCCUGCUGAUGGCAAAGGGAAAGUGGCCUCUUCAGCCUCUUCAUCUUCAUCCAUAUCCUCCUUAUCUGCGGGGAAGACGCGAUGUUCCAGCUGCAAUGUGAAGUUUGAGUGUGAGGCCGAGCUGCAGAACCAUGUGCAGACCGUGCAUCGAGAGCAGACCGGGGACAGCAACAGUGGACAGCUCAAGACCCCUCAAGUGUCCCCCAUGCCAAGGACCAGCCCCUCACAAACUGAGGAGAAGAAGACCUACCAGUGCAUCAAAUGUCAGAUGGUGUUCUACAGUGAAUGGGACAUCCAGGUUCACGUGGCAAACCACAUGCUGGCACUGAGCUUGAAGCCAAAUCAGGGAGGAGCCUUCUAUCUCAGAGAGGAGCCAGUGGCCCGGGCGGCCCGGGCAGGGGGGGGGCACUGGAGGGGUGCAAAGGUUCGGGGGCGAAGAGGGAAAGGCACAUUUGCUGUACAGCUGGCCGCUCUGUGUGAAGCUGCCACUGUGGGCUGUUACUAG